AUGCCUAGCUUUCGCCUGCAACUCGCUCGUGAUCUAUAUCAUCAGGCGGACCUUGGUGCUGGGGAAAUGAGCGAAUAUGGACUGCAGCGCCAACAUGCGGAGCAUCGAGCGGUCGAUCGGGACCAAGAUCGUGCACGGCACGCCGUCGACGUCAUCGCCGCCCUGAGAGAGAACUUCGGUGAAGACAUCACCGUAAUCAAAUCUCUGACCGUAAUAUUCAUUCUGUGUGGUCGCAUGAUCGAGGUGUUGACUGCGGACGUGCAGAUCGACGACUUCGAGGACAGCAGCACCACGGCGAGCGUCGGCCAGGCUCAAGAUGCUGGACAUAAUCGUGAGGCACAGCUGGACCGACAGCUCGAAGAUGCCCAAGUAAAUCCCCAGACCAUGCAUAAUGGCGGGCUGGUGUGCGUGGCAAACUCCAGGACGCUGCAGCAGACGAUGCCAUUUCGAACUCGAGACUCGACGUAA